AUGUCGAACAAUAAAGCAACACAUGAAGAUACAGCUGUUGAUUAUAAUCCAAUCUGUAAAGAAGAAAAAAAUCAAUUGAAAUUUCAUGGUGAUCUAUUUGAAAAACGACGUACAUUGACAAGAAGAAAAAGAUCGAGCAACAAACUAACAUCAAUUCAACGACAAGCUAUUCCAAUUGGUUUACAAAAUCGAGAUGUAAUUAGUUUUGCGAAAACUGAUUCUGAUAAAACAGCAGAUCGUCUUAUUGAUGUACUUGAAAAUCAUUAUUUAACAUCACAACAAUGUAUUUAUAUUGUUAUGGAUGAAGCUGAUCGAAUGAUUGGUUAG